GCGUCCUAGAGGGGGAUGGGGAGCACAGUGAGGCGUCCUAGAGGGGGAUGGGGAGCACAGUGAGGCGUCCUAGAGGGGGAUGGGGAGCACAGUGAGGUGACCCAGAGGAGGAUGGGGAGCACAGUGAGCAGAAUGGAGACAUAAAAGGGACUGAGGAAAAGACGAAUGUAGAUGUGGAAGGAGAUGGGACUGUAGAGAGGGGUAGGGAGCACAAAUUAAAGAGAAGGGGGCCGUGGAGGGGGAGCAGAGGUUGAAGAGGGCCUGGGAGAGGUUUAGGAAGUCAUGAGGGACCCCUAGCAAGAGAGCCUUUUCUGGUCUCUGAGCCGAGUUGCCGACCGGUGAGGGGAAGCGCCUGGGGCCCGUGGGUGCCGAGCAGCUGCUCUCUUCUUUCCCAGGUGUGUUGUCUGGGUCUUCCAGCCUGGGAAGCUGAUGUCUGAGAUGAGGCUCCAGCCGCUGUCUCCACAUUUAGGGGCUCAAGUGGUUAGUUGGUUAGGAAAAAACUGUAAAGGACCUCCUGGUGACAUGAGACAACCACUUUCUGGAAAGUCCUUCUACUUGGAUCUGCCUGCUGGGAAGAAUCUUCAGUUUCUGAUGAAGGCUAUUCAGCAGCUGGGUGGAGUAAUUGAGAGCUUUCUAAGCAAGGAAGUAAGCUACAUAAUUACUAGUCGAAGAGAACCCAAAACAGAGAAGAGUACCUCGGGUCAGCAAGGCUUUUCAAACCUUAGGAAAAGACGGGUAGAAAUGACCUCUCCAACUGAUCCUAAGGUCGGCCAGAAGCUUGGACCAAAGUCAAGAGAUACUGUCCCCAUGAGCAGAGGGAAAGAGCUGCUGCAAAAAGCCAUCAAAAAUCAGGGUAGCAUCAGUAGCAGCCCAAGUGGUAGCAGUAGCCUCCUGACCAAUGCCCGAUCCUGGGGGGUACAGAUCCUCCACGUCGAUGAAAUGUUGACUCAUGUGCAACAGCUGUGCCUUGGUAUUUUGCGUAUGACUGAACAAGAACAGAAGAAGUCAAAGAAAGCAUGUGCAGCAGUAAAAUCAAGAGCUCCUAAAGUGGCAAGAUUGAAGAUUCCAUUCUUAAAGAUCGAAGACAGCAGCAGGAAAUUCCAACCUUUCUACCAUCAGUUCAAGCGUUUUCCUGAGCUUAACUUCCUGGGACCCCAAAACACGAGUCCAUUUGAAACUAUGAGAACCUCCUUCCGCAAACACAAAGCCAAAGAUCCUGAAGGUGAGCUGAGCCCCCAUUCUCCAGCCUGUACAGUGCCCAGGAGAAAGAAGGGGUACUGUGAGUGUUGCCAAGAGGACUUUGAGGAGCUCCAUGUGCAUCUCCAAAGUGACCAACACAGGGGCUUUGCUGUGGAAGCAUCCAAUUAUACAGCAGUGGACCAGAUAACAUCCCAGCUCAGCAAUAACUUUGCUGAACUCUCUAUUCAGGUGCUACCCCCCAGGCUGUCGGAUUCUCCAGCUGUUGGCCAGGAACAACAGAGCUUGGGUUCUUUGCAAAGACCAACUCCUCUCGACCACUUUCCAGAUCCCAGGGCAUCAUCUCCCAGGACAAAUGGAGAUUCAGGAAGUGCUGGGAAGAUGCGAGGUGACCAUUUGUCAUCAGGCACUCUUGCUGUCUUGGCACCAGCUCAACAGACUAGUGGUGGGAAAGCUCUAGGAAUGGAAAACUCUGAGAAGUUGGGGCAAUUGGCUGGGACAGUUGGGAACUCCUCAGGAGCACCAUCCCUUGUUCACCAGCUCACUCUGGCCUGUGCUGCUUCUGGGAAGCUCUUGGCUCAACCCUACUGUUGUGACGAGUCAGCACCCCCUCCUUUCCUCAAUGAGCAAGAUAGGGCAGGGAUGGGACAUAAGCGGAAACUCCAGGCCCCUAAUUGUAGGGCUGAGAAGAAACUUCGGGUGCCCACUGAGGCUGUGCCCUGCCCCAGCAUCACAGAUACACCUGUCCUAUGUCCUCUAGUAAUGAGCCAGGAGCAAAGAGACACACUCUCCCCCACUCAUAACCUUACCGUGAAUCCAGACAUUUUGCUUGCCUCUCCAGUUGGUGCUAUCCACAAGUCUGUGUCUCCCUCACAGCCCAGUUCCCCUAGCAAGCUGCGGAGAGAUUCACCAUGCUCUGAUCACCCAGGCUUGGAAGUAGACAUAAUAACAAAGGUGUCUGAAGAGGGAAGCCCUUUUUCCCUCCAAGAAGAUGCACAAAUUGCCCCAAGAUUGUCUCCCUGUUGGGUCUCUAGACCUUCCCCUGACCAUCAUUCUCAGUCUAGCCACUCAGACUGCCAACCUGCACCCAUCCCACUGACAACCUUGAACUCCAAGAAGCAUUCCCCAUCGUCAGAGGAUGUGGGGUCCCUGCCCCCUUGCCCACCAACAGAGAGACAAGGUAAUCCAGAUGGCACUUGGUGCCCUGUUCCUUCUGCAGCCCCUGCCUCUCUCCUUCCUGCUAAAGUUAGCUCGCCGCUGCUGGAAGAGCCCUGUUCUUCAGAGUCAGAGUGGGACACGCAGCUCCUCUCAAAACUGGAGAGGCCACAGGCUUCUCGAGACCGCUCCUUGGAUGCCGAGGGUCUCCGCCGGGCCCGGAUUAUGAUUCUAGACAGUGGUUAUGAGUCUCACCUCUAUUCUGUACUACAACCCAAACCAGAGCUAGACUGGGAAAGGAAAGAAGAGCAGAAUAAAGGGAAUUGCCGGACAGAGACAGAUGGGGCCCCCUUUUUGACCUUUGAGGCCUGCCUGGACACAUGGACCAGCUGAGUAAACUCCUUGAAGCCAGUAGUACAGAGAGCUGGGAAUAUGUGUGGACCCAGCCUAAUCUAGCCUAGCUGACCUCUAGAGAUUUCAUGUAGAAUGGCCUGGCCUGGGCUGACCUGAUGCUCCCCAGUUGUGACUUCACCAUCUACAUGCCUUUAUGCAGGGCAAUGAUCCUUAACCAGGAUAUUACUACCUCCCUCCCUGCAGGACUGGUGCAGAGAAAGCUUGCAAAUACAACAAAAGUUACAUUCACCCUUGUUUUUUAUUAUAUCCAAAGCAUUUAUCCCUUUUAAAAGGCUGUUUCCCUAGAAUUAGCCUCCCUUCCCACAAACAUCUGGUUCACUUGUGUCUGAUCUCCCCCUCCGUGUCUGCCAAAUAGAAUCAUCCUGAAUCUGAAUCAGGAGGGGGCUGGGGCGAUUGGGACUUGCCAAGCCCAUGGAGCUUCCUCCCAACACACUUAGCUGACUUCCAGCUCUGACCUUUCCCCUCCAUUCCAGCAUGGGGCUGGGUGGGAAGCUGAUGUCAGCUCUUCCAGCUGUCUCCCUAGGCUCAGAACCACCCCCAAUAACUUAGAAGUCCUUCUUUUCUGAGAUAAUUGUCUUCACUCCACUUACUCCCCCAUUACUUUCCUCACUCUGAGCCCUCGCUCCACUCUGCUCAACCAUUAAUCUGUAAAUAGAGAUGGAUUUCCUAUUGAUUCCUUGUAUGCUUCUCCCCCCCCCCCCCUUAAUCUAUGCUGCAGCUUUCAUUCUCUUGUCUGUCUGUGUCUCUUUCCUCCACUCAUUCUUUUAAUUGGAACUGCCUGAGGCUUGAUGCUAUUAAAUGACAAAGUUUAGGAGAAGGUUGGCAUAGGUCCCCAUGAAGACCUUAGUUAAUAACUUGGAAAUGAAAUAACUGAAUAUACAAUCCCCAAUUCCCUGUUUGGCAUUUUAAAUAGUAUUUCUGAGUAAAUUGAGAAAUUUUAAUUUUGUUAUGAAGAAUAUAAAUAAAUAGAUUUGUUAACAAGGUGACAACUGAUUGUGUAUGUAAUGCUUUACAUACACCAUCUCAUCUUGUUUGAUCAGAACAAUUGAUCCACAUUGGAAAGAGUACUGAAUUUAGAGUCGGAGGUUCAAAUAUCAUUGAGUCUCAACUUCAUCUGUUAAAUGAGAGUUCAACUAGGGAUUCACUGUAGUCCCAGCCUAAGUCCUGUGGGUCCUUUCCAUUAAGUACUGUGUAACUCCCCAUCGUGACUGUAGCCUGGCUAUUACCCAUAUGUCAUCAUCUCCAUUGAAGUUUCCAGUAAGACCUCCCCCAUUCCCCUCAGAGAAUUGUUUACCCGCUCUGAUUGCUUGUAGUGCCACUUCUGGACCAACAGUUCGCCAGCAUCCCUUGUUCUUCAUUUGAAGACUUUGCCAUUGGACAGCGCUAACUAUUCCAUUUACAUCACUAUUCCCACUGGAGUUACUCUAGUCCCUGUUCCUCUAUCUUCUACAUAGCCUAAUGCCAUCAUCUUCCACUACUUCAUUAUUAACUCAAGCCCCAGUGUUGUAAAAUCCUUAGCCUAUUGGAGAUCUGCAUCUUCUACUUGUGCACCUUUUCAUGACAUGGCAGCCCCAAUCCCAAACUGGGUGCCCCACCUUUUCUAGCCAUAGUCUUAUUUGUCAUUGUUACCAUUGAACCGUCAACUCAAUGCCAGGAGUAAGCCAUUGUUCUCUUCUGACUUCAUAGCCAACUACAUCAAUACAGACUUCCCUAAAACUCAGUAUGUUUUAUCUUAUUUUCCCUACUUCUUUCCUCCCACAAAUACAAAUGCAUAAUUAAAUGGUUCCUGACUCAUUUGCCAGUCAUUAAUAUAGAACUUAGUUAUCCUUUACUUUUGCUUUUCAUCCUCCAUAUCAAAUUAGUAUGCAAGUUCAUAAUAUCCUUCAAAUCUUCCCUUUUUAUUUAUACUUCUGUAGUUCAGGGCGACCAGGUGG